GUUGGACGCAAGAAAUAUCGCCGGUUGCGCAGAGAACGCCGUCGAUUGGCUAAACAACUAAACACAGUUAAAAAACCUUCAAAAACCACCUCAAGCAUGCAGACUGUACCAGAAGACUACUGGCUUUGCCCGUGGUGUCUACAACACAUUGCUCCUGAGAAACAAUGUGGUCACGAGCCGAUUUGUCGAGCUGGUGUGAAACAACGACAGAAGGAGAAUGAACUGCAUUCGCGCCUAGCUCAACGGAAAGCGAUCGCUGAAGAGCAGCGCCGCCUUCGGUCGGGAAUACCGCUCUCGUCGAAUAAUCGCACAAAACAACCAAACGGGAAGCAGCCGAUUGGUGUUAGUGCUACUCCCGGUCGAAGCCGAACUCAGACCAUUUUGGAAGCUGAUAGGCAUGCAGUGAAACGAAAAUCGGUAAUUCAUCCUUGGUUCCUAGAGUUUAUAGUUGUUUAA